CAAACUGAAACUUGUGAGGACAAGUUCCUCUCUGGACCCAUUUGAUUGCCUUUGAUUACCCAAAGCUUCCUUUUUUUUUUUAAAUUACACUCAUCACUGUGUCUCUUUUUCCUCUCUACUUCCUUGCUUCUUCAUCUCUACUUCAUUUGCCUCUUUCAACCGCCCGCAACUUUGCCCACCAUGGGAAACUGCAAUUCAGUCCCAAAACCAGCUGAGGACGCAUUUAGUGCAGCUUUGUCAAGUUGUGCAGGCUAUAUUUCUAAGAAAUCGAAGUACAAAAAAGAACUCAGAAGAAAUAUUUGUUCCUUGGAGGCCGAAGCGAAUAAACUGGUCGAAGUAAAGGACGAUGUGCAUCGAAGAGUUCACAACGAGGAGAAACAGCCGCGAAGGGAGCGGCUGAGACAAGUGCAAGGGUGGCUUACAAGGGCGGAAAGCACAGUACCGGAAGCUAACAAACUUGUAAAAGACGGCUCCGCUGAAGUGGAUAGGUUGUGCCUUGGAGGGUUUUUUUACAAGAAUAAAAAGUAUGCACGCUUCAGUACUGGAAAAAGGGUAGGUGAAAUGCUGGCGGACGUGAGGAGUUUGAAGAAAGAGGGCUUGGAAUUCACGGAGGUGGCUGAUCGGAUACUGAAUGAUCCAGUGGAUGAUAAAAUACCUUGUGAAACAACAGUUGGUUUAGAAUCAACCGUUGAUGAAGUUUUGAGAUGUUAUGAAGAAGAUCAGGUGAAGAUUAUUGGCCUGUAUGGAGGCGGAGGAGUUGGCAAAACUGCUGUAUUGAAUCAAAUCUAUAACAGGAUCCGUGAGACUUCAGCUGAUAUUACUUUGAUCAGAAUCUCAGCCACCAAUAAAAAACUUGAAAACAUUCAAGAUGAGAUCGGGGAGAAGCUGCUUCUGUCUGAUGAGUCAUGGAAAAGCAAAACUUCUUCGGAGAAAGCUAUGGAAAUCCACAGGAAUUUGAAGAGGAAGAAGCUGGUGUUGCUGAUAGAUGAUUUAUGGGAGUGGAUUGAUUUGACUAAAGCUGGUAUCCCUCUCUCAGAUUCAGAUUCUUCAACAAAGGUUGUGUUUACAACCCGGCUUGUGAAGAAUGGCUGUGGGCGUAUGAUAAAAGUGGAGUGCUUGGAUCCUGGAGAUGCCUGGGAAUUAUUCCAAAGUAGGGUUGGAGAUUGGGCUCUUAAAAGUCAUCCAGAAAUUCGAGAGCUUGCUAAAACCAUGGCAAAAGAAUGUUGCGGUUUACCACUGGCCCUUAUCAAAGUUGCAGAGGCCAUGACUCAGAAGAAGACACCUCAGGAAUGGGAUUACGCCAUCAAUGAGAUUCAGACAAAAGGCCAUGAAUAUUCAGCCAUGCAGGAAGUGUACAAGAUCCUGAGGUCAAGUUACGAUAAUUUACCCGAAGGUUCAGUAAUCAAGUCAUGUUUCUUAUACUUCGGUUUAUUUCCAAAAAACCAUGUAAUUUCCAGGAUGGAUUUGAUAGAUUGUUGGAUUGGAGAAGGAUUUUUGGCUGACAAAAGUGUAGCUCAAAACAAAGGCUACCACAUUAUUGGCAUUCUUCUCAAUGCCGGAUUGUUGGAAGAAGAAGAUGAAGAUCGAGUGAAGAUAAAUGGCAUUAGUCGUGACUUGGCUUUGUGGAUUAAUAAAAAUUGCAAGGGAAAGGACAAUGUUCUUGUUAAUGCUGGUAAUGGAUUAAGAGAAGCACCUGAAGCUGGAGAAUGGGAAGGAGUUCGACGGAUGUCAGUGAUGAAAAAUCAAAUUGAGAUUUUACCAGAGACGCCCCCAGGUCAUUGUCUUGAUACUUUGUUUCUUAAUGAUAACAAACUGAAGGUUAUCAAUGGUGACUUCUUCAGAUUUAUCCAUCGUCUCACAGUUCUAAGGCUGUCAAAUAACCCCUUUUUAACCAAGCUGCCUCCAGAGAUUGCAAAUUCGGUUUCAUUACAGCUUCUUGACCUAUCAAGGACUUCUAUUAAAGAACUUCCGGAGGAGUUGAAGGCCUUGUCAAAUCUAAGGUGUUUGAAUUUGCAGGAUACGCCUGCACUCGAAACAAUUCCGCAGGGAUUGAUAUCUAACUUCGCAAUGUUGCAGGUCUUGAGGAUGUUCGGAUGCGGUGCUCUGAGACAAAAUGGGUUAUCUUUGGUAGAAGAGGUGCUUAGUCUGCAACGUUUGGAUAGUUUAGACAUCACCAUUAACGGUUCUCCUGCUCUGGAGAGACUUUUGACCUCCCCCAGAAUGCUGAGCUCGCUGGAAUCUGUAUGCCUUCGAAACUUAACCCCAACAAGGUCCAUCAAAGUCCGUUUAUUCAACUUGACGAAGAAACUCAGGAAAUUAGACAUUCUAAAUUGUGAUAACUUGGAAGAGAUGCAAAUUGAUUGUGAAGACGGAACAGAAAAUCCAGAAGGAUUUUGUGGCUUCCGACACCUUUGUGAGGUAAACAUAAAGUCAUGCUCAAAAUUAAAGGACUUGACAUGGCUUAUUCUCGCACCCUGUCUCAGGGGUGUUGAGAUAUCUGACUGCCCUGAAAUAGAAGAACUUAUCAGUGCUGGCAGAUUGAUUCAGGACUUUCCCGGAGUUUCCAGGCGUCUCCCAUUUGAAAAACUCGAAUCUCUUGUGCUAAAUGGUCUUGAAAACUUGAAGAGCAUCAAUCAGACUGCCUUGCCGUUCCAGAAGUUGAAGAAAAUCGAAGUAAAGGGAUGCCCACAACUUAAGACUCUUCCACUUGAUUCUGAAAGCGCAAAAGAAGGAAGAAUCCUCAUCGAAGGAGAACAACAAUGGUGGGACGAGCUGCAAUGGAAGGAACAAGCCGCCCGCAGCACUUUUGAUCCUUGUUUCCAAGCAUCAGUGGUAAUACAAAUACAAUGAAGCAAUGGUUGCUUCUUUUGGUGGCUCCAAAUAAGGUUGGAUUCAAUUGGAAUACGGACUCCGUUGAUUUAAAAUCGAAUUUGAACUUAAACAAUUCGAAUCGCAUCUAAGCCUAGCUCUACAUUUUUGUCAUUUGUAAGUAGGUUUUUUUAUUAUUAGUGUAUAGGCUAUUUUUUAAUCAUUACAAGACCAUUGGAAACCGCCGAAGGGUUGCAUUAAGAAAAACUGAGACAUAAAUAUGAUUCUUAUCUUCAGUAUUUUCCAUGACUUCGA